AUGGCGUCGACGAGGCAGCUGCUGCUCGGGCUGUCCCUCGCCGUGCUGUUUCUCGUUGCGCUGCCGGCGGCUGCCGCACCGGCGCCGAAAGGUAAAGCCGCCGCCGCCGGCGGCGGAGGUGGCACCGUGAUCGGGAUCGACCUCGGCACGACUUACUCGUGCGUCGGCGUCUACCGGAACGGCCGCGUGGAGAUCAUCGCCAAUGACCAAGGUAGCCGGAUCACGCCCUCGUGGGUGGCCUUCACCGACGCCGGCGAGCGGCUCAUCGGGGAGGCGGCCAAGAACCAGGCGGCGGCCAACCCGGAGCGGACCGUCUACGACGCCAAGCGCCUCAUCGGCCGCCAGUUCGCCGACGACGAGGUGCAGCGCGACAUGAAGCUGCUGCCGUUCGCCGUCGUCGACAAGGCCGGGAAGCCGCACGUCCGCGUCGAUGUCAAGGACGGCGACGUGCGGCUGUUCAGCCCCGAGGAGAUCAGCGCCAUGGUGCUCGUCAAGAUGAAGGAGACGGCGGAGGCCUACCUCGGGGAGAAGGUCACCCGCGCCGUCGUCACCGUGCCGGCCUACUUCAACGACGCGCAGCGGCAGGCCACCAAGGACGCCGCCACCAUCGCCGGCCUCACCGUCGAUCGCAUCCUCAACGAGCCCACCGCCGCCGCGCUCGCGUACGGCAUUGGCGAGAAGGGCGCCGAGAAGAACGUCCUCGUGUUCGACCUCGGCGGCGGCACGUUCGACGUCAGCAUCCUGGCCAUCGACGACGGCGUGUUCGAGGUCCUCGCCACCAACGGCGACACCCACCUCGGCGGCGAGGACUUCGACCAGCGCGUCAUGGAAUACUUCAUCAAGCUCAUCCAGCGCAAGCACGGCCGGGACAUCACCGGCGACGCGCGCGCGCUGGGCAAGCUCCGCCGGGAGUGCGAGCGCGCCAAGCGCGGGCUCAGCAGCCAGCACCAGGUGCGCGUCGAGAUCGAGUCGCUGUUCGACGGCAUCGACCUGUCGGAGCCGCUGUCCAGGGCGCGGUUCGAGGAGCUCAACAACGACCUCUUCCGGAAGACGAUGGUGCCGGUGAAGAAGGCCAUGGCGGACGCCAGGCUGAGCAAGGCCGACAUCGACGAGAUCGUCCUCGUCGGCGGCAGCACCAGGAUCCCCAAGGUGAAGCAGCUGCUCAAGGACUACUUCGGCGGCAAGGAGCCCAGCCAAGGCGUCAACCCCGACGAGGCCGUGGCCCACGGCGCCGCCAUCCAGGCCAACAUCGUCAGCGGCGACGUCGACGGGAACACCAAGGACGUGGUCGUCCUCGACGUCACGCCGCUCACUCUCGGCCUCGAGACGGCCGGCGGCGUGAUGACCACCCUGAUCCCGCGCAACACGCCGGUGCCGACGAAGAAGACGCAGCUGUUCACCACGUACAAGGACAGGCAGACCACCGUGACCAUCCAGGUGUACGAGGGCGAGCGGAGCAUGACCCAGGACAACCGGCUGCUCGGCAAGUUCGACCUCACCGGCAUCGCGCCGGCGCCGAGGGGCGCGCCGCAGAUCGAGGUGACGUUCGAGGUGGACACGAACGGCAUCCUCAGCGUGAGGGCGGCGGACCGGGCGACCGGCAAGUCGGAGAGGAUCACCAUCUCCGGCGACGAGCGCAAGAUCAGCAAGGACGAGAUCGAGCGGAUGAUCCGCGAGGCCGACGAGUUCGCCGACGACGACCGUAGGGUGAAGGAGCGCGUCGACGCCCACAACAGCCUGGAGUCGUACGUCUACAGCAUCAAGAACACGGUGGACGGCAAGAUGGGCGACGCCAUGGAAGGCGGCGAGAAGGAGAAGGUGGAGGAGGCGGUGAGGGAGGCGUAUGACUGGCUGGACGGCAACCACGACGCCGGCAAGGAAGAUUACGAGGAGAAACUCAGAGAGCUGGAGGACGUGUGCAACCCCGUCAUGGCGGCGGUGUACCAGAGGUCCGGCGGCUCACCGAAUGCCGGCGACGACGACGAGUACGACCACGACGAGCUUUAGGCAUAGCUAGCUAGCUCCUUUUCACUGACCAGCUAGAAUUUUAAUUUUCUUUUUUUUUCCCGUAGAAAUUGAAUAAUAGGCAGACAAUUCGACCUACUGCAAUGUAGUUUAUUACUUAACCAAACCAAUUUUACAGUUUUUGAAUAGGUACUGUGCGGUACUAAA